AUGUUCUCUCCACGCGCAAUUUUCCGUUUUAUUUACGGCAGCUUCUACUUCGUCCUAUGCUUCCUCCUCGCCGCCCUCCUCCUCGUCACCCCGGGCGACACUAUAUACCAGGCUUACUCCAACAACCAACCAUACAACAUAUGGAUCAUCGCCGCGACCCUCACUCUCGUCCUUCUCAUCGUAUCCUUCAUCUAUGCGACGCGGUUGUAUCUGAACAAGACCAUCCUCGCAUCGAUACCGAAACCAUGGGUCCCCAUCGAAAGGGGCGACGUGAACAAGAAGGUUCACGAAAUGAUCACAGCGGACCUCAAACGCAGCGCAGCAAUCGCCUACGAUGCGAGACCCCGAGUCGAGACCAAUGCGCUGGGCAGCGAGGCCGAUGAAACGGUUGCAGAGAAAACCUACAGCGGAGGCAGCGAAGGCAAGAGAAGGUUUCAACUCGUGAGUCUGAAGAAACCCGCCACGACAGAGAAGGACACAGGCAUAGCACUGCCUCCUCGACGACCAGUCUGGGGCGAAAUCGAACACUACGGCUGGUCGUCUCCCAACUCCCUCGAUCUUCCCGAUCUACAAUACAGCACCGUCCUCUCCGAACUACCGAACCUCAUCGAGGCGAAGGCGCUUACGUCUGCGCCCCCCGAUCCAAAAUCCUCGACUAUCCCCCCGUUGCUCGAUCCCGAUGCCGUAGCACUUCUGCAGCGACCUCUGCAAAUGGGGUUGCGCGAUUACUUCGGACACCUGGCUGAGCUGGGUGUCAUUUCGCUUAACGCGACGACCGCAGACUUCCUGGCCGCUUAUGAAUAUGCGCGAUUCUCCACCCGGCCAAUAUCGAAUGCACGGUUUCGCGAGUUAAUGCACUUAUUUGCCGCUAUCCUCCGAGGCAUGCGACCUCUAGAUCCAACCAUGUUAGGCUUUGCGGAUGAGCCCAGCGAAGAGAGCGAUAUCGAUAACGACGCGCCCAUGGGCACAAACCCGACUACGCCUCGAAGCACCCUGUCCCGUUCCGCAACGCAGAGCACACAAGGCUCCUUUCAAAAGAAGAGGGUGCCGCAGAUGGAUGCGCGCAACUCUUCAGCACAUACUUGGCUUCAAUACCGUACAGCACCUGCAACACCAAAUAUAGGUACCCUAGGCGGUGCAAUAUCCAGAUCAUCGAGCUUAAACAGCUUUGCUCAGUCUCGGCCGGCGUACGGACCUAGUCACUUCUCAUCUAGCGCCAGUAUGAGAUCAAGGGCAUCCGGAAGCUCGGCAUCGGGCUCAGUCAUCCGACUGGCAACCCGAACAGACUCGACCGAUUUGCCGUACGUGUUAACCCUGAGGGAAACAACAUAG